AUGCACAAAUACGAUGGAAAAUUUAAAAAACACUUAAUUAAAAAUCAGUCAAAGAAAAUUAAAAGUCUGCAAGAAGAACAGAAAAAACAGGAGAAGCAACAACAACAAAUACCUAAUGAUAUAGAAGAACAUAAUAAUUUAACAACGGUAAAAACAAAUACAGAUAAUGUAGUUAAUAUAUCAAAAGCAAAAUUAAAUGAAAAAUAUUUAGCAGUUCUAUCAAAAGGACUUGAAUUUGUUCCAACUCAGAAUAGUAUCAACGCCAAAACUACAAUUACAAACUGUGAAACAUCAUUAAAUUCAACGCCACAAAUAGUUAAGAAAGCAGCAAUAUCACAAAUAACAGCAUUCAUCAAUACAUGGAAAAAACGAAAAAAAAAAUAA